UGCACACGGAUUGGUUAAUCUGGGAGUAGAAUCGUUUCAUCUUUCUCGGAUAAAUGCUAACCGAAUCGAAGCGCAAUAAGGAUGCAGGACUUCCAAAUCUAUCUCCCUCUGGAACAAGCUCGCCGUGUGUUCUUAAGCGUAGCGAGCGUAUGUACCAGUUUACUAUAUAUUUCAGUGGCAUAAAUGCACUCAUUCUGUCCUGGAAAACAUGGAGUCUAGACUGGUUUUACAGUAGUCAUGAAAAUUUACCCAAGUAUGAUUACAUCGUUGUUGGAGCAGGCAGCGCCGGUGCCGUACUUGCCACCAGAUUGAAUGAGAUGGGUUUUAGAAUUUUACUAUUAGAAGCGGGUGGAACGUCUCCUUAUUUUACUGACAUACCGGUUCUUGCACCAUUUCUUCAAAGAAGUGUUUACGAUUGGCAACAUGCUACCGUACCACAAAAGCAUGCAUGUAAAGGCCUAAUUAACAAUCAAAGUUUAUGGUCAAUGGGAAAGGUCAUUGGAGGCUCCAGCAAAUUAAAUUAUAUGCUUUAUGUUGAAGGACAUCCUCUUGAUUAUGAAGAUUGGUUUCCUGAUUAUAAGGAUUUCACUGCUGAAAAAAUGAAUUUGCAAGAUGUUAAUGAUAUUCAAUGGUAUACUGAAUUAUCUGAUGCAGUUUUAAAAGGCAUUACAGAAUUAAACAAAUAUAUCUGCAAUAUAAAUAAAAAUGUUGCCACUGGUUUCAUGAAAGCUCAAGUCACUAUAAAAAAUGGCGAAAGACAGGGUACAGAUAAAAUAUUAAGGAAUACAAACAGACCUGGAUUAACUAUAUUUAGUCAUUCACAUGUAAAUAAGGUAAUAUUUAAAUCAAAGAAGGCUGUAGGAAUUGAAUACACCAAAUUUGGUAAAAGAAUGCAAGCCUAUGCAGAUCAAGGGGUCAUUCUCAGCGCUGGCGCAAUUGGUAGCCCAAAACUAUUAAUGCUUUCUGGAAUUGGACCAAAAGAGCAUUUGGAGAGUUUGAAUAUAAAGGUUAUUAAUGAUUUACCCGUGGGACAAAAUUUGAUGGACCAUAUAGUUACCGGCCUCGACUUGGUCACACUUAAUACAACACUUUCUUUAAGCUUACCCAAUUUACUUAAUCCAAUGUCAGCUAUUCAUUACUACCUUUUCCGUCAAGGACCCUGGACAUCCGCAGGUGUAGAAGUCCUAGGAACAUUAUAUAGCCAGAAGAAUAAAUCAACAGCUCCUGAUCUCCAAUUUAUGGUAAUGCCUCUUGGCAUUUCUCAAGAUAAUGGAAUUUUCCUAAAGAGAAUUAUGGGAAUAACUGACAGAGUUUAUGAAGAAUACUUUGCACCACUUUCGCACAAGACUGCAGUCACAAUUUUACCAGUUUUAUUACAUCCUAAAAGUAAAGGAGAAAUCAAAUUGCGCAGUAAUAAUCCAUUUGACCAGCCUAUAAUCAAUCCAAAAUAUUUAUCGAAUAAUGAUGACGUUUACACGCUUAUAAAUGGAAUACAAUUUAUUAAGCAAUUAAUUAAUACCAAUGCAAUGCAAGCCCUUGGAGCGUCAUUAUAUAAAAAACACUUUCCAGGUUGCGAGGAUAAGACUUUUGAUAGCAUGGCAUACUGGAAUUGUUAUAUACGACAUUUAACUUUGUCCUCCUAUCACCCAGCAGGAACUUGUCGAAUAAACACUGUUGUUGACAAAUCGUUUAAAGUACUUGGUACAAGAAAUUUAUUUGUGGUCGAUGCAUCGGUUUUCCCAAAACUACCAAGUGGUAAUAUUAAUGCAGCCGUCAUGAUGAUUGCAGAGAAAGCGAGUAGUUUGUUUAAAAUAAGAAAACAGGUGCACGAAUCAUUGUUAUUUAAGUGUCAAAUAUCCGAGGUGUUUUAUCCAAAGAAUAAAGAAAGAAGUAAAUGAUAUAACGGAAAUUAAAUAUUUUAUUUUUGUAAAUAACACUACAAUUCCAGGAUGAAAUGUAUAUGUAUGAAUACCUAGUGAUAAUCGACCUUCUUGACGAGUCUGUGGUGGUUUCUGGGAGUGACCCAAAAGCCGCCACGUCGAAUGUGGCGGACCGACGUCGGUCUGCUGGCGACAACGGGCGCAGGUCAUUCCCGGAAGCUACCACGACUUUAAAGAAUAACUCUGACCGCGGAAGCUUAAAAUACUUCUUCUUGAUAAAUCUGUAACUUGAGAUGAUACGAAAGGCGCUGAGAAAUUUAAUCGACGUCGAUAAAAUAA